AUGCUACACAGUUAUCGAUCGUGUCGUCGGUUUUCAAGACCUUUAAGUCGAUAUUUUCCGAUUAUUAUUGUUGUAUGUCUGGCCGGACUUAGUUGGUGUUUACUCAAUGCACUUUUUUCUUCUCAACCUGAUAAUUAUGAAAAUGUUUACGGCAAUAAUUUUGAAGAAACAAAAUCACCACUGAUAUUCUGUUUUGUAACUAGUGCAAAUGAUCGUCAUUUAACAUCAGCACGAGCUAUUGCCUAUAGUUGGGGUAAGCGAUGUGAUCGAUUUUAUUUUAUUGCACGUCUACAAAAUACGAGUAUCAAUUUAAUGAUAUUAGAAUAUUUUGAAAAUAUAACAGACAUAACAGUCACUACAAUAACUCAACAAACAUUCGAUGUGCUUGCGUAUCUUGAAACUACAAACUCAUUUAAAUCUUAUAACUGGUUUUUACGUGCAAGUGACGAUUCAUUUGUGAUUAUACCAAAUCUUCGACAACUUGUUAGACAAUUGAAUGAUAAACACCACAAUUAUCCAUUAGCUUAUGUUGGUGAUGUUGAACAAAUGUUUGAUAAAUAUCAAAUUGCAACAACAGGAUCGGUGAUGUUAUUUAAUCGGCGGGCAUUGUAUCGUUUAACUUAUUCAGAUGAUUUAAGCGAUGAUGAACAGGAGUUAGAAUUUGAAAGAGAACAAUGUUUUAAAAAUAUGAUUUAUGAUCAUGAAUUUGUCAGAUGUAUGGAAAUAAGUCGAAUCAAAAUCAAUCCAAUGUAUGAUAAUUUAAUACUUUCACAAAAUCUAUCAUUUUACAAAAUGGAUAAACGAUUUCAGGGCAUUCGUUUCAGUCCAAAUACUGUUGCGUUUCGUUCAAGCAACGAUACAGACAUGUAUAAAUUUGAAUUUUUAUAUCAUCGACUUGAUGUAUUAUCAAAGACAGGUAGAUGA